AUGCCGGAGCAUCCAGCGUUCGGACAGACGGAGAAUGUCCUGGGCGAGUUCCACAAGCGCUUUGACCCGAAGAAUAUGCUUCUUCUGCGAUUCAAGGACCCGUCUAACUUAGCAAUCUUAGCAGACUUCGCCGAGGAUACGGAGGGCACCGUCCGGCGCGUCUUUAAGUUUCUGGGGCUCCAAGAAGACGUUCCGCUGCCGGACCUCAAGACGAUCCGCCCCGAGGACGUCAUGGAGAUUGAGCUCGAGAAGGAGAGCCGCACCAAAAAACUGUCUGCAGAGGAUCAGGAGUUGCUGGAGCGGCACUUCGAGGCGCUUUUGGGUUUAGGGUCUCAGGGAAGUUUAGGUAACCUUAAACCCUACACCCUAAACCCUACACCCUACACCCUACACCCUACACCCUACACCCUAAACCCUAAACCCUAA